AUGUAUUCUCUUAUUCGCAAUCCAUGCAAACUGCUUGUAGAAAUUUCUAAGAGACACACUAAUAGGAGAUGCUGUACAGGAAUCUCCUACUGCUGUUCUACUCUAUGUAAUAAACGGGCAGUUGAUUUUUAUAUCGAAAACGACCAUUUGAUUUCUUGGACAUCGAAAAUCUCCGGUUUGGUGAGGAAGAAUCAGCCUCAGGAGGCCAUUGAGUUGUUCAGAUUGAUGCUCAGGAGUGCUCAAAAGCCUAAUUAUGUUACCAUAUUGACUGUAAUAAGGGCUGUUAGUGCAUUGAAUUGGGAAGAUCUGAUAACAGUGGUUCAUAGUUUGGUGAUCAGAAUGGGUUUUGAAGCAGAACCAUCGGUUUUAACAGCUCUUCUUAGCUCAUAUUCAAUAUAUAAUGAUAUGGAGAUUGUUUGGAAAUUGUUUGAUCAGAUGCACGCUAAUAAGGAUGUUGUUUUCUGGAGUGUAAUGGUCUCGGCUUGUGUCAAGAAUGGACUGUACAUGGAGGCCAUUGAUUGUUUCAGGGAAAUGCAGUUUAAUGAUGUGAAAGCUAACCAUGUGAGCGUUGUGUCCGUGUUGCCUGCUUGUAGUGUUCUUCGUGCUUUAUCCUUUGGGAGGCAGAUACAUGGGUUUGCUGUAAGAAGAAUAUUUUUCCAUCUCACCAACGUUCAAAAUUCACUCGUAGAUAUGUAUGCAAAAUGUGGGAAUCUUGACAACUCGAUCCGAGUUUUCAGUGGGAUUCAGCAUAAGGAUGUCAUCUCUUGGAGGACAAUGAUCCGUGGGUGCAUGGAGAAUGGGUUUCCUAGUAAAGCACUUGGUACAUUUUCAAUUCUGCAUCUUUCUUGCUCUCAACCAGAUGAAUGGAUUCUUCAGGAUACAAUUUCAGCCAUAGUUCAUGAGGGAGAGGCUCAAUCUGGACUUGCACUUCAUUGCUAUGUAUUGAAAAGUGGAUUCUUGGCUUUCACUUCCGUUGGGACUUCACUUCUACAUAUGUAUGCUAAGUUUGGUGAAGUUGUUUCUGCUAGAAAUCUCUUCGAUCAUCUGUAUCAGAAAGAUGUUGUUGCUUGGAGUGCAAUGAUCACG